AAAUGAUAGAACUACCCCACAUUGGAUCCUUGAGUGCCAACCCAAUAUACAACUCAUAAAACCUAAUACCAAGACCCCUUUUAGAACAUCGAUUGCUAGCCUUUAGGAUAUGCCGCAUUUACUUAACAUAUUUUCAGAACGGUUUUAUAAAAUUUGUUGUCGAUCUUAUCAAUGCCACAUAAAUUAGGGAAAUCCAUGAAUUGGCAAUUUUUUACAUAUCUGUCUGUUUGUAUGUAGUUCUUAAAUAACGUUAUCAGUAGAAAUGACGCAAUUUUGUGCUACAUUAUCUGAAUUCCUAUAAUUUGUUAUGAUUUUAAUAGCAGACUCAUUCUGAACAAACCAAAUUUCUAUUUAUAAUCCGGAACUAUGUUUAGAAACUAUACCAAAUGGAAUCGCAUAAAGUUUCAAGCGUUGUUAAUUUAAAAAAAUUUGUAUAAAGCUGUUACAAACGGUCAAUCAAAGUAAAAAUACCAUCUAUCCAAUAAUAAUUACUUAGUUAAUCAAAAUACUUAUAAAUUCAUAUCAAUAUAUACUUUUAGGGGUUGGUCCCAAUGCAGCAUUAUCACUUAUUUCAAUUACUUAUUUAUAGAUGCCACUUAUUUUAUUUCCUAUUUUUUUUAACACUUACUCGUAAUUUGUACUAUAUAUCUUUAAAACUAACCAAAAAAUUUAGACUACAAUAAGUGUUGUUCUUAUCGCGUCGUGGAAAAAAACAAUAAAAGAAAUCUUAAACUGAUAAAUUUUUAUUACAAAAAAAUAAUAAUAAUAUAAUGCUUACCCAUUUCCCUAGAACUAUUAAUAUAAAUUAGUUUUUUGCCAACUGCACAAGAGAAAAGUACAAGACCAAAAUGUGGAACGAUGAUAUUAAAUUUCGCGUUGUACAACCCAACGAAUACGAACAAGUUGUGAACUUUAUUAUUGAGCACUUCUAUCGUGAUGAACCCCUAAGUUGUUUGGAACCUAAGGUAGUACCCAGUGAAACCGAUCGUGCCGAUAUCUUGGCCUGUCUACAAGGUGGCACUAGUAUUUUGGGUGUACAAGUCAAGGAAAAUGGUGAAGAAGAAUUGGUAGCUGUUAAUACUGCUGUACCUAAGGAUCCCUCCUCCAUAGACAAGUAUUUUGAAUCGGCCGAAAAGGAAGGCAAUACUAAAUAUGGGCAAAUUUUGAAAUUAUUGGGUGUUGCCAGUCGUGAGGCUGAUGUCUUUAAACGUUAUAAUGUCGAUAAGUUGUUGUACUCUUUUAUGACCUGCGUUAAGCCCGAUGUACGUGGUAAGAAUUUGGGUGUACGCAUUAAGUUGGAACUUAUGGAAUUGGGUCGUCGUUUGGGUUAUAAAUUAUUGACCGCCGAUUGUACUAGCUACUAUUCGGCUCGUGUAUGUGAACGUUUGGAUUGGGAUCGUGUGAAUUUUGUUGCCUAUAAGGAUUAUGUCGAUGAAAAUAAUAAACCCAUCUUUAGUCCUCCACCACCACAUGUUGGUUUGACUUCAUUUGCUACUCGUCUGUAAAAUAUGAUUAUUUUCUUAAUUUGUAAUUAAUAUUAUGUUAGUAAUUUAUUUUAUAUUUUAAUAAAAUUGUUGUUGUUUUCUUGUUAGAGAUU